AUACCAAUAACAAAAACUUCACCAAUAAUGACAAUGAUACUAAUAACAAAACUUCACCACAAGAAAGACAAUACCAAUAAUGAAAACUUUACUACCAAAGAUGACGAUACUAAUGAUAAAACUUUACCAUCAAGAAGAAUGCCAUCAACAGCAAA